GAGGAGAAAAGAGACGAGUCUUUCUUCCUAUCGCUAAACGACAGUGGAUAGACUCAGGGGUUUGUUUUGGGAGGUCAGGAGGAGUUCAUUGGCGCGAGGUGGAAAUAAAGCCCUGCGCUCGUGCUGUCGGCAAUCCCAAGCGAUCCUGUCGCCUAGCAACAUGGCAAACUUUCCCUACUGCCUGAGUCUCACCCUGGGCAUCGCUUCCUAUUCAUCAUUAUCUUUCGUGCUUUAAUCAGCCAAGUGUUGCUUCAAACUAUGAACUCUUAGAUUAGAAAUAAGGCCUGCGAACACUUGCAAUGUCGAAGACACCCAAGAAAAAGACGUCCUCCUCCAGCCUCGUCGCUUCUUCGCCUGGACACUCUCCCAAAAAAGAAGCAUCCUCAGCGGUCAGUGCAUCAGAAAGUCCUGAAGAGCCAAAGAAGAGUCUCAUCUCUCUCUGGCCAGAGUGGAGCGACAUUGAGGUCAAUGCUGAGAAAUGGGAUGCAGCUAAAGCCUCUAGGGAUAGCAAGCUCUUUGAUGAUCCAGAAGGGAAGGUUGAACUUCCUGCCUCCUUGAGAGUACACACUUGGAAACGUCCUUCAGAGUGCAUACUUAAUAAGACUCCUGUUGUGGUGGAAAAUGAAGCUGUCUUCGACCUUACCUCAGCAAAUGAGCAUUUACUCUCAAGUGAGCUUAUGCGAUGGGUCAUUAGUGAGCUCUACAUUCUGUGGAAAGUCUGUAACACAGGAGAGGAGAAGGCCAUCUCCACAGAAAUAGUUCCCAGCCUUUGGAAACCCUGGGAACACAUUUACUCCCUGUGUAAAGCAGUGAAAGAUCACAUGCCCCUCUAUAAUGCCUAUGGGAAGUAUGUCAUUAAACUCUACUGGAUGGGAAGUUGGAGGAAGAUUACUGUUGAUGACAUGCUACCAUUUGACAAGGAUGAUAACCUUCUGCUUCCUGCUACUACAAACCAAUCAGAGCUUUGGCCGAUGCUGUUAGCUAAAGGCAUACUAAAGGUGGCCAGUACUGAUACUCCAGUCUCAGGCUCCGGGAGAGAGUUUGGAGAGUUUACAGUCAUCCACUGUCUCACCGGAUGGAUACCGGAGAUCAUUCCUUUAAAAUCCCAGUAUACAGGGAAAAUUUGGGAAUUUCUGAGGGACAAUAUUCCUCAAUUCCAGUUGGAGGAAGAGAGCUCAGAGGAGACUAUGACUACUGACCUAACGACAACAGAUUCUAAUAUGAAUGAGAUCAAGAGCGAAUCUCCCACAGUACUGAAGAACAGAGAGUCUGCUAUGAGGAAGAAUAAAGUUGACGACCAAGACAGAAAGACCAUUCAGCCCAAAGCAGCUAUCCAUGCUCAUAACACCACUGGUCCUAUUCCUCAGAUGGUAGUGUGUGCCAGUUAUCAACCCUUGCAUCUGAUGGAGAAAAGAACCUCAGUGCUUACAAGGAUGGCUGAUUCCUCGGAGAGUCUGAGACAGUAUGGGCUCUCUCAGCUCUUCAGUCACCCUGUGCUGCUCACCUGCACUCGAGACUGCCCCCUGGUGGCCCCUCCUAAACCUCCCCCAGUUCCUCAAUGGAAACUCAUCAGGCCCCGCAAACAGUCUAACAUUACUGAUGAACCCAAGGAACCCCCAGUUCAGAAGCCAGAGCAGUUCAUUGAAGUUUCCAGCCCCUUUAUCAACUACAAACUCAUGGCUAUGGCUGCACAUGACAUGGAGCAGGGUGGUGUAAAGAGGCUUGGAUAUAAUUCUAAUCUGACCUCCUUCUCUGAAAUGGAUGAUAGUGAAGAUGACCACACUAAGAAUGACAUCACCCAGAAAAGCCUAAAUGCAUUGGACACCACUGAAAACUCCCAGGUAACAGCAGAGGACAAGAAAAAGGACAACAGCAUCGCCAACGAUACGGAAGAAGUGAAGUCAACUUCAGUGCCUGACAAAGAGAGGCUGCAGACAGCCAAAGAGUCGGUCCAGCGGUGCAUUGCUUUUGCCUCCCAGGAUGCAUUAGCAUCAGACAAACCCCCGCUGCUGGAGACCUGGGUGGACCUGCACAACUUCACUAAAUGCUUCCACUGUGAACUCCAUAUCCUCUCGCUGUCUGCUGCUGCAUUGUCCAACGUUGUGGCCUCCACCCACUCCAUGUCCGCUCAUGCUAGACAACCUGAUUCAACUGCAAUUGUUUCAAACACAGUCUGCAGAUGGAAAUGUACUCACUUCCUGUUUGUAGAUAGCCUGUUACCAACAGAAAUUGUCAUUGGAUUCUCAGCUUUGGUGCACUGGGGAGAGAGUGUGGAAGACAAAAAGGAGUCAUCAGCCAGGCCUGGCUCUCUAACGGCCAAGCCUUUCUCGUGGAAGAGCAUAGUCUCUGAACUCCCUGUGGUGCAGAUUCAAACUACUGCUAGUAAAGCUGUGUUGCUUUCUCUUCCUCCAGGGCGUCAUGUUCUUCAUGUGCACACAAGUGCUUCAUUGGCUGUCCACCUACAUCUAUUCAGCAUGUCUCCUUUUGUUUUUGGUGAUGAGGAGACUGUUAUGCCACACCUUGACAAGGAGAGUCUGAGGUUCUGUGAACAGGCUGUAAUGAUCAUGAGAUCCCUGGGUCGAGUGAUCAGCUGCUUCUCAGAUCCAGAGGAACUACCAUCAACCACCAAAGAACUUGAGAAGACCCAUGGUGUAGGCAUACAGCAACAAAGGGUGUUCAAUGAAGCUGUGUAUCAUAUGUUUUGCUCUGCUCUGGGGCGGAAACUGACCUCUGAGGAGCUGUUUGCGGUACAGACUCUGACAGGAGACCCAUCGCCACAUGGCAGCAAUGAUAAAGCAUUGGAUGCACGAUCAGAUGACACUCCUGAGCGCUGGAAUGGCAGGCAGGCCACAGACAAGGAAAUGCAGGCCGCCACAGUGUUGCAGGCAGGUUGGAAAGGAUACCUAGUCAGAGAGAUCCUCACUGCAGCAAGACCAGGCACCAAGGAAAAUCUGAGUGUCGCUAAAACUCUGCAAGAGAUUUGGGCUCCUGUAGAAUCCGAUCUAGAGAAACAUGCUGUAUCUUUACUGAGACACAUGGUUGCAAACGGUGAAGGAAUAGCAGAACUGUACCCCUGUGGAGAGGAUGAGUCCAACAGAAUAUCGUUCACUGACUAUUCAGUCCCCAUACCAGAGGUAGCAAACUCCUGGAUUCUGAUAUUCAGGGAGGUGUUUCAUGUUCCUAAGAACAUGCUGCUUGUUCCUAAGAUCUUCUCCCCUCUUCCUGUAUGCAUUGUGCAUGUCAUCAAUAAUGACACUUUAGAGGAGAUACCCAAAGUCUUUAACAGGGUGGAGCCAUACAUAUACACCCCAAACAAGGACGGUUAUACAUUUGUAGCUGAGGCACAGACUGGAGACAUGCCUGUGAUUGGAGGAAAAUGGCGAAUGUUUCUUAUUGGCUGCCGGGAACCACUGCCACAGCUGGCCAGAGAAACACCAAGCAAUAACUUUUCUGUAAAAGAGUUGAAAGGUUACUACAUCCCUAAUCAAAAGGACAUCAUCUGCAGGCAUGUGAUAAAAGUCUCCAGUGAUCACAGUGCAACUGUGCAGUUUCAGACUUCAAAAUCAGAUGUCUACAUUAAACUCAGUAUCCUAGACCACGAGAAAGAGGUCGCCAGCAGUCAGGGCAAAGGGCAUGUCAUCAUUCCUGUCUUCUGCUUCUUAGCCAGCAAUGGCGGUUCUGUGGCCCAGGCGGGGGCGAGGCAGGAUCAGGGCAGCCUUAUAGCAGAAGGGAGAGUGACAGGAGGGGGCGGAGGAAAGGAAGGGAGUGACCAGCACCCUACAGACACACUGUUUCAUAAGUAUUAUAUACAGGCGGAGGUGUUACAGGAGAGCUGGCCUUUACAUGAAUCUCUCUCCUCCUUCAUCCAGAAACUCAGAGACAUAGAGCGCAAUGAAAUGAGAGUGUUUGGGGAUAUUUUGGAUAGCACAUCCACGCCUUUGGGUACAGACCAACAAAACAAAGAGGGCCAGAAAUCUGCUCCUAAAUCAACCCAAAAGGCCAAGGAACGAGACAAGGACAAAGAUAAACUAACAUCAAAGUCAAGCUCCAUUAUGGAGCAAAGUUUGGAUGAGAGUAAGCCCCACUGGACCCUGCGUGUGGUGAGUGACCACAGUGAGGCAGGAAGUAUAGAGGUGAAGAAAGACACUGAGAAACUAGAGGAGAUCAGAGCCAUGAAACUGGCCUGGGAAGCAGCUGAGCCUGGCAGAGCAGCAAAGGCUCAUCAGACCCGGCUGCGCUAUCUCAAAGAGCUGCAAGAACGUGCAGAGAGUAAAGAGCCUGUCACGGCUGAAACAGACAAUCAGCCUCAGCCCCAACAGAGUGGAGAGCUCAUACAGAACACUGACAAAAAUGAUAUAGAUUAUACACCAUUUAUCAGGAAGUCUUUGCCGCAGCCUCGUCUGAAGGAUGAAGUGUUGGAGGAGGAGCAGAGGAGGGAACGCUCUGAGAAGUUCCAAAAUUUCCGCCUGAUCUGGGACAAUAUUCUGGAACAGCGUAAAAAGGAAAAAAUUGCACGCAAGGAAAUGAUGAAACGACAGCUAGAGACUUACAUUGGCUUUCAGGACACAAUGGAUGCAUAUCGGCAAAAGAUGCUGCAGGCUCGUGAGGCAUUCUGUUCCCGCAUCCUAAAGGAGCAGUCACAUAAGAAAAUGGAAGAGCCACCUUUGGAAACAGUCGAACAGGUUGAGCUAGAGAAAAACCCUACUGUGGUCCAGUCAAGUGGACGUAAGAGUGGGGGCAAGAGGAAGUGAUCUGACCGACCAAAAUUUCAUAGCAAUCUAAUUAGCGGCCACUCAUUCUAAUAUUACUCUUCAUUUUAUUAAGAACAGUGCAUUGCCUGUCCUUUUUGAAAAUAUAUUAAGAUAAGAUUUCUUUUGUAACAAGUGAAUUCAGUUUGUAAGAUUAGCGUGCAAAGUCACCUUUCAUUGUCAGGUUAUCUUCCUCUGUGAUUCUUUAUUUAAAUGGUUACUGUCAGGAUUGAUUUGAGCAGCUCUGAAGGACAGUCUGUCUCAGAGUGGCGGAUAUUGUUUCCCAGAAGACACGGCAAGAGUAGUUCCGGAAUAUUAUUGUUCCUAUACAUUCAAACGAUUUAUUAAAUGGCAAUUUAUUACAUACUUUACAGAUGAAAUUAAAAUUAAUUAGAUCCUUGUAUGGUUUCCAAGUUUUUUUAAUAUAUUUUAUCACAUGAGAUAAAAUGAGUGCUGGAACUUAAGCACAAACACAAUGACAAUGUGAUGUGAUUAAAAAUAAAAAUAAAUAAA